AUGACAAGUAACAAGGUUCCAAGAGUUAUUUUGGGCUGUGCAACAAUGGGUCCUCCAGGGACAAAUAUUGCAAGAGUGACCACGGUAGACGGAACAAAAGCAAUGUUCAAGGCUUUACAGUCAUAUGGCUAUUCUGAACUCGAUACUGCUCGAACAUACAAUGAUGGCAAGCAAGAAGCUUUUACUCGAGAGACGGGUGUGCUCAACGAAGGAUUCACCGUAGCCACAAAAGUGUAUCCCGUGGAAGCGGGUAUGCAUAAACCAGAGAGGCUACGCCAGACAUUCGAGACAAGUCUCAGUGAACUGGGACAACAGUCCGUCGAAAUCUUCUACCUUCAUGCACCUGAUCGAAGUGUCCCAUAUGAAGAGACCCUUGAGGAAAUCAAUAAACUGCACAAAGAAGGUAAAUUUAAGACGUUCGGAUUGAGUAACUAUGCUGCUUGGGAGGUGGCACAAAUAACGCAAAUCUGCAUUUUCAACCAAUGGGUCCGUCCAAGAGUAUAUCAGGGUAUGUACAAUGCUCUUACGCGUGCCUUAGAAGAAGAACUUGUGCCCUGUUGUCGGCACUACGGAAUCGACAUUAUCGCCUACAAUCCCCUAGCUGGUGGCAUACUUUCCGGACGAUACAGAUCGUCGUCCGAAAUUCCUAAAGAAGGUCGCUUCUCCAAUGCCGAAGGAAACACAGCAGGACAACUAUACCGUGAUCGAUACUUUAAUGAUGUUUAUCUCGAUGCCAUUAAUAAUCUUAUACCGGUGAUAGAAAACUAUGGUCUAACUAUUACUGAGACGGCGUUUCGAUGGCUUGUUCAUCACUCAAAAUUGCGUCCUUUCGAUGGUGACGGGAUCAUUAUUGGAGCGAGUAGUGUUGAACAAUUGGAAUCAAAUUUAAAGGACUUACAAAAAGGACUACUACCGGAUGAUGUCGUUCAAGCAUUGGAUGAAGCAUGGCACAGCACUCGAGCCGUUGCAAAGACAUAUUGGAGAUAG